AUGGACGCCCAGCUUCAUUUGCCAAACGACAGGAACCGUGGAAUGGCGGAGAAAUCGCGGGGCAAGACCCCAAUCUUGCUCUUGAAGACAAAAUCAGUGCCAACGGAUGCCUACGAAGAGCUGUUCCUCACCCUCGACAACGGCCGCUAUGCACCUGUCUUUGUGCCUGUCUUGGAGCACAGGUUCAAGCGAGAUGCCCUAAGUGAGGUACGCCGCCAUGUAACCAGCCGAGGCUUCGUCCCACAAGCCCAACAGGGUCUUGCGACAUAUGGUGCCCUAAUCUUCACUUCGCAACGCGCUGUCGAAGCCUUCAGUGCUGUCGUCGAGGAGAUCCGGAACGAAGGAGCCCUUGACAUUGACGACCUCCUUCCAGAGAGCCUGCCGCUGUAUGUCGUCGGUCCCGCCACAGCGCGCGGUCUACGGUCGCUGGGGCUCAAAUGUCCGAUCCUAGGCGAGGAAACCGGUAAUGGUGAAGCCCUGGCCGGCUUUAUCUUGAGGCAUUACAACGCCAUGCACCCGGAUACUUUGAACCCGCCCGUACUGUUCAUGGUUGGCGACAAGAGGAGGGAUAUAAUACCGAAGACUCUACAAGCACCAGAGCUGGAGCCCAACAUGAGAGCUAGAGUGGAUGAACUGGUGAUAUACGAGACUGGAGAGAUGCAAUCUUUCAAGCAAGACUUUACAGCCAUCUGGCGCAACAAUGCAGAACAAGGCUCAAAUCACCAAUGGGUUGUUGUGUUUUCGCCAAGUGGGUGUAAAGCGAUGCUGGAGAGUCUGGGGCUUUUGGAUCCAGAGACAGGGCGCACGAAAUCUGUUACUGAUCCGAGAGACAUCCUGAUAGCGACCAUCGGACCGACUACUCGUGACUACCUGAUACAAGAGUUUGGUUUCACUCCAGAUGUAUGUGCUGAGAAACCAAGUCCCGAGGGUAUAGCAGAAGGCAUCAGAGCCUUUAUCGAAAAGUACUAG